CCGGAGGUGCAGCGGCUGGAGAAGGCGGUGAAGGGCAGGUACUACACGGUGGAUGAGAAGACCCGCACCGUGUCGUACACGCAGGCCGGCACCCACCUGGUGUUCCUAUACCUGCGUGACGAGGGCGCCCAGUUCCGCGACCCCUACCCCGGUGUGCACAGCCUGUGGGAGGAGGAGGUGCCGUGGGGGCGCAUGGCGGUGACGGCACUCACGGCGUACGAGCUUUACGUCAACGGUCGUGACUACAUCGUGCGGGAGGGCGAGGCGGUGAUCGUGGACCCCUCCACGGGCCGACUGAGGGUGAAGACGCGGUGGCAGGGGGGCGUGCACCAGGCCGUCGAGGCCAAGGAGGGUCUGUCCAUCCAGGCUGAGAACCUGGUGACCGCCACCAUCACCUUCCAGCUCUUCUUCGCGCAGUACGAGUGGCUGGCGGGAAUGACGGGCACCGCCCAGCCCGCCGCCGCUGAGUUGUUCGAGUUGUACGGCAUCAAGGUGGUUCCGGUGCCAACCAACCGCCCCUCGCGCCGUACCGACCACCCGCCGCGGCUCUACCCGGACAAGGCGCUCAAGAUGCAUGCGCUGGCGGAGCAGGUGGUGCUGGCGGCGGAAGACAUGAGGCCCGUCCUGAUCGGCACCACCAGUGUCCAGGAGAGCGAGCUGGUGCUGGCCUACCUCAACCGCACCGUAGCACCCGCCAUGAAGCACAUCCAGGCGGCCAGGAGGAGGAGGGCGGCG